AUGUUCAACGGGAUCAGCUACACCUAUUACGUUUUCUUCGCAUCGUUCUUGAAAACCGCAGAUGAGAAUACGCUAAUCGCCGCAGAUUUUGCUUUCAACAUUGCUGCGAAUCUGUCUUUGAACGCCUUACCUUUCCAAUUCUUCUACCGACAUUACAACCUGCUUGGUCUGGAGAUGAAUUGGAGAAUUUAUGCGGCUGUUUUUGCUGCCGUUUCCCAAAUUUUCAUUAAUGCUAUAUGGGUAAUGCAACUUGUUAUUGUGAACAACCCCACAACUGACAUGGAGCUCAUAAAAGCGGGAUGUGAUAUGAAGAUGGUCGGAAAUCACUUGGUGUUUGUAAAGGUACUAUUCGAAAAUAAAAUAGGGAGCUUUUGUGGAACAUAUGAUUUUUUGUUUGAAUUUUGCAAAAACGGGGCUUUGAAAACUUCAGUUCCUUGCUGGGGGAGCAGCCGAGAUAUUCAAGGGGUUUUGCUGACAUGCUACUUCUGUUUUAGCUGAAAGAUAAUUUUUUGCUCCAAAGAUAACCUAAUUACACAUGGAAGAUAGUGUAGAAUGGUUUUAUUGCAUACAUAAAUUUGAAGCUGGACUCCUGCUUAACCUCGCCAUAUAUGUUUCAUAUAAAAAAUCGGUCGUCUUCUAUCUGUUUGAAGCCUAAACUAACAACGCCUAAAAAUUUUUACGAUUUUGCCGAUUUCUCCAAGAGUUUCCCUCGCCCUUUUUUUGAAGUUUGAUGGAAACAUAGUCUGAAUCAAGGCGGAUUUUUUGAGCCUAAAACGAAAAAAAUUAAAUGAGCCAGUUUCGAGAUAGAAAAUCUCUUCAUUUUACGCAAUAUUUCGCCUUUCGUCUGACCUCGUCCAAAAAACCGUCAUUGAGAUGGAUUUUUUGGACACUUUCAUAAACGGAAACAGAAUGCCAACCCUUUGAGCGCUAAUUGCCGCAAAAUCUUGAAGAGUUUUCUCUGAAUACAAUAUUAAGAAUACCGCUGACCAGUUUUAUACCCCGUUCUUUUCAGCAAAACGACUACAAGCAGACCUAUUUCACCUUCCAAACAGCCAAUAUUGCGGUCUGUUAUGGAGCUGCUUUAUACAUUGCCGCAAGCACUUUCACUUCGUUGAAAAAGUUGACCUCGACCAUGUCGCCGAGAACAAAACUCCUAAACCGACGGGUGAACAGGAUGCAGUUUGUUCAGGUACCACAAUCAUAUCAUUUUUUUGAAUAUCAGUCUUUAGAUAGUAACGAUGUUUUAGAUAGUAAUGCCAUUUACUUUAAAUGCCAUCCCUUUACUGGCCUUUGCGCUUUCUCGAUUUUUGUCACCAGCCGUGAGCGAUGCCAUCGCGUUGUAUCGAGUGUUUGGAGUGGGCUUGUCCCCGUUGGUGGAUCCCAUAGUCAUCAUCAUUGUUUUCCCGUCUUUUCGCCGACAUUUAUCUUCGCUCUUUUUGUUUCGGAAGAUGUGGAAAGCUCAAGAAAAUUCAGUUCUCUCAGUGCAAACUACGUCCGGUUUGCGUUGA